GGGAGGAGGGGGACAUAAACCCAGUAUUGGUGAAAACUAAUAUCAUUCAAGUUAUUACAGGGUAUUCAAAAAGGCAGCUUGUUAUCACAUAAGUGCAUUAAAUAGAACAGAUCAUGGGCAAGAAGAAGGUGGGACUUGGAGGAUCUCGGAAGAAAUCAAGGAAGGAGAAACGGAAAGAACAGAGAACACUUAAAAAGGUGAAGAAGAAUGAGCAUUACUUUAAGAGAUUUAAGAAGGAAGCACCAAAGCAUCCAUUCACGAUUCCGAAGGAACCUAAGGACGAUCCUCUUGUCGGUCUGAGUGAAAAAACUGAGCCACAAGCCAAACAGCUCGAGCCAGAUGAUGAGCCAGUGAAGAAACCACGGCGCCAGGAGAAAACUUUGGUUGAGAAAAUUCGUGAAGCCAGAGAAAAAAGUGGUGUUCUGGCUGAGAAAAGGAAGGGAGCUGAAAAGCGAGCUAGGAAUGCACAGCUUCGAGAGGCAAAUAAGGCGGAAGAAAGACAAAUUAAGCACCUGGCAACGUUAAUGAAAAUGAACAAGAGGCGAAAGAAAGGAAAGACGCCAUCACUCCCGAAAACAUUUGUUUCCGAUGGUCUGGACUAUCUUCUGGACGUCACCGAUCCGGAGAAGCUCAAGGACCUGAAGCUUCAGGAGCCCACUUUUGAAGACGACGAGGACGAUUUCGAGGAAGAUCUGGCCAUGGUGACAGAUGCGGCACGUGGCCAAGCUGUUGAAGUGGAAGAAGAUCAGCCAGAUAGCGCCUCAGGCGGUGAAGGCCAGGCUGAGUCCGAAGAAGGUGCUGAACAGUCGUUUAGUGACGAUGCCGGCAGUGAUGAUGGCACGGGUGAUGGAGAAGGAGGUCUGGAUAGUGACGCAGAGGGAAUGGACGGCUUCGUUCGAGACAGCGGUUCUGAUUCAGACGAACCGGACACAGUUGCUGCUGAUGCCACCAUCGCUGACCCAGAAGACAAUAGUUGUGAGGAUGAUGAUGAUGAUGAUGGUGAAGAUGAGGAAAUUGAUGAGGAGGGCUCUGGUGACGAAGAAGCCAUUACCGAGGGUUCGUCCGAUGAAAGUGAGGGAGAAUUUGCUGAUGAGGUUGAUGAAGGUGCUUCCGAAACAGAUUCCGUCACCGCUGGAAAGAAAAGUGGAUCUUUAAAAAGGCCCGCGAAUGAACGGAAACGAAAACUGAUCGAAGAUGUGGGAGAAGAGGACCUCGCGCUGAAUGAGACGAAGAAGUCUAAGAAGAAAAAGCGGAUAAAUGAAAAUCAAGACACGGACAAUGACGGCGUAUGGGAAGACAUAUACGGAAGGUUGCGUGGCAAGGAUGGUUCAGUUUUGACCGGAACCGGCUCGUCGGGGGCCGUCCCGCCCGACGCCGGCGACGGUGGCCCGGCGACGGCCGGCCGCUACCUGCCGCCGGCGCUGCGGGCCCAGCAGAUGGCGCUGAGCGGCGACAAGCGGGCCGAGCUGGCGCUGCUGCGCCGCCGGCUGCAAGGCCAGCUGAACCGGCUGUCGGCGCGCAGCGCGCGCGGCGUGCUGGCGCUGCUGGAGGAGCUGUACGCCGGCCACAGCCGCCACGACACCAGCCAGGCGCUGACGCAGCUAGUACACGAGGCGUGCGUGUCACCGGCGGCGGCGCGGCCCGACCGCCUGCUCAUGGAGCACGUCAUGCUGGUGGCAGCCCUGCAUGCCAACGUCGGCACCGAGGUCGGUGCUCACUUCCUGCUGAAGACGGCUCAGCAGUUCCACAAGCUGCUGAUGUCGGAGGACCGUGACGACGAAAGCAAGGAGCUGGACAACCUGGUGAUGCUGCUCGCCCAUCUGUACACGUUCAGGGUCACCGACAGCGGCGUCAUCUACGACGUGCUGAAGAUCCUGGCCGACCGCUUCUCGGCCAAGGACGUGGACCUUAUCCUGACAGUGCUACGCAGCGUGGGCUUCACCAUGCGCAAGGACGACCCGGCCGCGCUGAAGGAGCUCAUCCUGCAGCUUCAGGCGCGGGCGGCCGCUGACGCCGGGACCGCCGCCGCCGACGGCAGUCGGAUUCGUUUUCUGCUGGACAUCGUCAUGGCUCUGCGCAACAACAACAUCAACAAGAUACCGCAGUAUGACCCGGGUCUCGGCCAGGAGCUGAACAAGCUGCUCAAGACGUUGGUGAACCCCAACCAGACCAUCACUGAAUUAAAUAUCUCGCUGGAGGAUCUGCUCAAAGCCGAGGAGCGCGGCAAGUGGUGGGUGGUGGGCUCGGCCUGGAGCGGCUCCCUGAAGGAGCGCCAGCAGCCGGCUGCCGGGGAGGAGGAGGCGGCGGACGGCGCGCGGCCGAGGCUGCCCGCCGCCGGCCAGCAGUACUCGGCCGAGCUGCUGGAGCUGGCGCGCCGCCAGCGCAUGAACACCGACCUGCGGCGCCACGUCUUCUGCGCCCUCAUGACGGCGGAGGACUACCUCGACUGCUUCGAGAAGCUGAUGCGGCUGGGCCUGCGCGGCCCGCAGCAGGAGCAAGAGAUGGCCACGGUCGUGUUGGGCUGCGCGCUGCGCGAGCGCACCUUCAACCCCUACUACAGCCACCUGCUGGAGCGGCUGUGCGCCGCCGAUCGCAAGUACCAGAUGCGAGUCAAAAUAGCGGUCUGGGAGCAUCUGAAGCAGCUGGCUAGCUUAGGCUCAGGUCCAGCCAGCAACUUGGCCAAAAUUCUAGCUCAUCUGAUCUCAACGACCCAGCUAAGCAUCGCGGUACUCAAGGUGGUGGAGUUCUCCGAGAUGUCGAAGCCGAUGGUGCGCUUCCUGCGUCAGCUGCUGCUGGCGCUGCUGCUGCAGUCCGAGGACGAGCGGGCUGUACGCUCGCUCUUCCAGCGCGCGGCCGGCGCGCCGCUCAAGCACAUGCGCGACAGCCUGGUGCUCUUCCUGCACCACUUCGUGCUGCGCAACAAACAGAAGCUGGCCGACGCGGACACGGUGGCGACGCUGGAGGAGCGUGCGCGCGCCGCCGUCGCCGCGCUGAAGGCGGCGGACGGCGUGCUGAGGCUAUGAGACCGACUGAGGCCGCCGGCGGCGGCUGACGGCCCCGUGCCGUUUAGGGCGGUCGCUCCGGCCAGUGCAUCUGUGAUAGGGGCUGGCCCUGGCUGAGUGUCCACGUUGCAGCGGCAUUGGUGUCACUGCGUCAACGACUGGUGUCCUCAGGUCGUCGCUUAUUUAUACAUUUGAGUACAGCGGAAGUUGUUUUUUCGAGCCUGUUCGAAGCGUCAAAAUGGGACCGAGCAAUGAUUGGGGUUGAUACGUCCUGUCGCCAGUUCCGUAUGCACAAGGACUGACUUCUGCUGAGCUCCGGCAGGCCAGAGGAGAGUGGCAGGUCAAUGGUUACAUCCCUCAAGUCUGUUGUGAAAGGAAUAAUUGUAAU